GCCCGUUGCCGUGGCAACGUGAUGUCAGACGUCAGUUACGUCUCCCCCUGGAAACAGCGCGCGAAGCUGAGGAUCGGGCGGCGGGAGAAGGGAGGGAGGGAGAGGGAGAGGGAGUGAGAGAGAGUGAGUGAGAGGGAGGGUGAGAGAGAGUGAGAGUGAGAGAGAGUGAAAGUGGGUGAGUGAGAGUGAGAGGAGAGGGGGGCGGUUGACCGGCCGGUCGGAGUGUGCGGGGAGGAGGAGGAGAGCGGAGCUCAGCAUGACCCAGUCUGUCGUGGUGCAAGUAGGUCAGUGUGGGAACCAAAUUGGCUGUCGAUUUUGGAACUUGGUCUUACGGGAACAUGCAAAUGUCAACAAGAAAGGCAUCUAUGAUGAAGCUCUCAGCAAUUUUUUUAGAAAUGUGGACACAAGAUACAGUGAUGGACAUGGUAUAAAUCUUUCCAAGGGACUAAUUCGAACACUCAAAGCUCGGGCAGUUCUCAUUGAUAUGGAAGAAGGUGUCGUUAAUGAAUUACUUCAGGGUCCGUUGAGAGAUGUUUUUGACAGUAAACAGCUUAUAUCAGACGUAUCUGGUUCCGGUAACAAUUGGGCAGUGGGGUACAAACAGUAUGGUAAUCAGUAUCGGGAUCAAAUUCUCAACAUACUCCGAAAAACAGCUGAACACUGUGAUUCUUUGCAAUGUUUCUUUUUAAUUCAUUCAAUGGGUGGAGGGACUGGUUCUGGAUUGGGUACCUAUGUCCUGAGCCUCUUGGAGGAUGAAUUCCCAGAAGUUUAUCGAUUUGUUACUGCCGUCUACCCUUCUGCUGAGGACGAUGUUAUAACCUCUCCAUAUAAUAGUGUUCUCGCCAUGAAGGAGCUGACUGAGCAUGCUGAUUGUGUUUUACCAAUUGAAAAUCAGUCCUUAGUUGACAUAGUCAACAAAAUCAAUCAGAUGGCAUAUACUGGUAAAAUGGCUUCCACAAUAAAACUGCAGAGUACACUGAUCUCUAGCCAGACUGAAGUCAAAAGACAGGAAAAGCCAUUUGAUGCAAUGAACAAUAUUGUUGCCAACCUGCUUCUGAAUUUGACCAGUUCUUCCAGAUUUGAAGGGUCCCUCAACAUGGAUCUUAACGAGAUCACUAUGAACCUGGUUCCCUUUCCACGGCUUCAUUACCUUGUUUCGAGCCUAACUCCAUUAUACACCUUGGCUGAUGUAAACAUCCCUACAAGAAGAUUGGAUCAGAUGUUCACUGAUGCUUUCAGUAAGGAUCACCAGUUGAUGCAUGCAGAUCCAAAACGUAACUUGUACCUUGCCUGUGCAUUAAUGGUCCGGGGAAAUGUUUUAAUAUCUGAUCUUAGAAGAAAUAUUGAGAGAUUGAAGCCUUCCCUGCAGUUUGUUUCAUGGAAUCAAGAAGGCUGGAAAACAAGCCUCUGCUCAAUACCUCCCGUGGGUCACACACAUUCUUUGUUGGCACUGGCCAACAAUACUUGUGUUAAAUCUACCUUCACAGACCUCAAGGAUCGCUUUGUAAAACUUUACAAGAAAAAGGCUCACAUUCAUCACUAUCUUCAUAUAGAUGGAAUGGAACAAAGCUGCUUCACAGAAGCAACCGAUUCUUUGACAUCACUAAUUGAAGAGUACAACCAAUUGGAUGCUACUAAAGGACAAAUAAUCAACAAUGUUCCUCGUCUUUCCAUUGCAAUGUAAAAUAUUGGAUAAUGAAAUGCAAGAACUGUUCAAUCAAUAUUAGACAAAUAAUUAGAGAAUGUAAGUACAUAUUAUACAUAUAAUAUCUGCUAUAUUAUACUAUAAUAUAUUUUAGAUACAUGUAUUAGAUAUAUGUAUAAUGUAUAUGUAUUAUCUAUAAUAUGUAUCUACAUACACUUAUACUGUAUAUAUGUUUAUUGAAAGUAACAUGAAUUGCUCAAUAUAUAAUUUUCUAACAGUGAGGUUCUAAACCUUUAUUGCACAGAUUUUCUGAAUUACUAUAGUAUUUAUUUCAAUAUAUUUUGUUGUUCCAAUGAUGAGUUGGUGGCUCAUCACCAACACAGUGUUAGUGCAGGGAACUUGGGAAGCUGGUGUCAGCUGGCCUAUUACUGAAUAGGCCUCAGUCUAUUUAAGUUAGGAAAGGCAAACCUGAAUCACCCUCUACUCCCGGACACUGCUCUGAAAAACUGGAUGUAACCUUUUUGGAUGUAAAUAAAAUCCUUACUGGAUUUCAUUAAUAUUUAUGAUAGCUUGUAUUCUUGUUUGAUUAAACUAAUGACAUGUUAUGCAUUUUUAUAAAAUGGAUCUGUUGCUGAAACUUCUAUCAUUUUUGAAAAAUGAAUGAAAUACCAAAGAUAACGAAUGUUACAAGAUGUACUAUUUUUUAUCAUUUUUAUUUGCAAUAAUUUAGAUUUACUAUAAAAUUGUUUAUUUGUGUGUGUGUGUGUAUAAAAUGAUCAAUUCUGACAAUUGAGUAUCUAAUCCAAUAAAAAUUAAUUUGUCC